AUGCUUGGCCUAAACAACUUUGCUGCACCUCGACAAACUGUACAGUGGAAUGUUGCAAACGCCUUGGGCAAGGUAACCUCUAGUGUAAUAUCGGUGUUUUAAGGGAUCAGCGGGCUCGCCACACUUUCAGCCAAUCAGCGCUCGGCUCGCCCGCAAAUCUUUAAUCAGGGAUAAGGGAGCGCUUUCCACAGAUAAAUAGCAACAAAAGUGAUAAUGGAAAACGUGUGGGGGGAGAAAGUUCAAAAUUUUAAAAAUAAUUGAAAAACGGGAAAUCUCGGUAAUUUAGGCAGUAAGGCUCAUUAUAGUGUUGAAGUAGGUAUCAACUUUAUAAAGUUACUUGUUGUAGAAGGGGAAGCUUAAAAUGUUCAAAAUUCAUGGUUAAACCAACGAAAUUCUAAAAAAUAGCAAGACAGAGGUAUAAAGGUUGUUUUCGUAUCUUUAGCAGACGAUGAACCGCGAAAAUAUAUUAAUUUUAUGCUUUUGAUAGCCGAAAUUGCAAAAUUUAUGAAAUAUAACCGUCAAUUUUGGUUAAAAAAGGAUUUUUAAAACAGUAUUCGAUGCGAAAAGAAUGGCGCGUUUCAUAGCGAAUUAGCUGAUCAGUGGGUCUAAAAGUGCCAUUUUUAUCAAGAUUUACAAGAAAGCCGAAAAAAGUAUUUUUGAAUAAGCAGAAACUGGGUAAAAUUGGAGAAAAAGAUCGAAAAACGAUGUGCAAAAGCAAAAAUAAAAAAAAGAUACGUAUGUGAGGUUUACGGUCACAACGGAAGAAUUGUAAUUGUUCUUGCCUUCGGUAUUAGCGGCUUACAUACCACCAAUACGACCGGCCAAUUUCGAAAAAAGUCGAGAUUAAUGGGUCCGCAAAGAAAUGACAGAAAUUUGCAUAAAUGUUGAAAGUGCUGGAAUACGUGGGAAAAGAAACUACAAAACCGAGUAAAAACUUCAUUUUCAGCAGCAAAUGAACACUCCGGACGACCCGGUGAUACACUCCCCAUCUUCGUCUCGAGCUAUGUUUGGUACCAACCCGCUAUUGAUGUCGUCGCCGAUGGGCGGUAAGUCUGUCAUGUCCCAGUCUCUCAACGUCUGGCCUGCUUCAGAUACCCAGGACAAUUCGGAGGAAUCACGGCGUCGUCAGAAGACGUGCCGUGUCUGCGGCGACCACGCCACCGGCUACAACUUCAACGUGAUCACCUGCGAGAGUUGUAAGGCCUUCUUCCGACGGAACGCUCUUCGCCCCAAGGUAGCGUUGUUUACUCUAGUAAUUGUUGUUGUAGGGUCGAUUGUUAUUGUCCUAGCUUAAUUUCUCAUUAGUAAAAAGGAAAAUCGGUCGCAGUUCUUUGUUUUUUGGGUGUAACACUUUAUAUUAUAGUAGGUAUGAGGUAAAAGAAAAAUGGGUUUUUUGAAGAUAUUGUGGUAGCUCCAGUAACCCUUUUGUUUUCAGGAAUUCAAGUGCCCUUACUCUGACGAUUGUGAAAUCAACGCCGUGAGCCGUCGCUUCUGUCAGAAAUGUCGUCUCCGCAAGUGUUUUGCCGUCGGAAUGAAGAAGGAAUGGAUUCUGAACGACGAACAGCUCCGUCGUCGCAAGAAUUCGCGUCUGAAUAGCAUGAAGGGUAUGGGUGGCGGGCAGGCCUACGGCAUCGGCCAGCAGCUCAUCCACUCGCCUCAACCUGGAAUGCUCAUGAACCGAAGCCCCGACCUCAUGGGUCAGGUGAAGAGCGAGCUUCCCGACCAGCCCCAGAGCAGCUUCAACACCCUCUGCAACUACGACUUGCAACAACUGUUCCAAUCCGCGAAUCAGACCAACUCUCCAGGUGCCUCGACCUUCAGCUCGCCAGCUUUGAUGCAGAGAAGGCAAUCUGAUCUUGCCCUGAGCCCGCUAAGUCAAGGCCACGCCUCGAUCAACUCGUUGUUGUCACCACAGAACGUCGCCAGCCCCGAGUCUCCUGUCGCUCUGCUGGGAGCCAAUCCCAUGGACCUCGGCAAACAUGUGGACAUCCAGAACCUGAUGAAACAGAGCUUCUCGAACCCAGAAAACUACUCCCGCCUACUUCAAGGUGACCCCAAGCUGGCCCAAUCUUCCGUGGCCCAGGUGUUCACGACGUCCGCCUUCAAGCCCGAGACCAGCUUAACAUUGCCGGCCGUGCCUACCUCUUUCUCGACGGACGUCGCGACGUCCGGUGCCUACUCCAUGAAUGGAGCCCACGGUGCGGGCGAGGCUGCAGCUGGCCAGUACGAUCAGUACAAAAUGUUCUUCUCCAAAGAAACCGGCAAGAUCUCACCGUCCAAGUUCUUCCCCUUCCUCGACAUGUCUCCGGACGGCUACCACAAGAUGGGCGAAACCAUCCACGACGAGCUGCACAACGCGCACGAAGACUUGACUACCAGUGGGCCUGGGCAUGUUGAUGUAAGUCUUAAAACUUUUGGAUUUUGAUUUUAAAACAGUUUACUAAUUUGAACUGUUCAUCUAAUCCUUGCUUCAGUUUAAGGUACUGAACCACGCCGACCACGCCAACGACUUCCAGCUGAACUCGUCGGAGUUGUGUGAGCUGGACGUGGUCCGGAACGCCUACUCCUGCAUGGACGAGCCCCUGGCCGACACCAAAUCCAAAGCAUAUCUGACCAAAAAGGGCCACAAACCCAACGACAUUAUGAAUAUCAUGGACAUCUCGAUGCGACGCUUCGUUCGGAUGACCAAGAAGCUGCCGUCCUUCAACACCCUCUCGUCCGACACCAAACUUCACUUACUCAAGGCCGCCAUGGUCAAUCUCCUCACGCUGCGCGGCGCCACGAGGUUCGACGUUCAGAAGCUGUGCUUCAGCACCAAGGUUGCGGGCCACGUCGUGGACAUUAGUCUGGACAUGUUCGACCAGUUGAACGACAAGAACCAGAAAAUGAAGUUCAUCAAGUGAGUUUUGGCAUUAUAUUUUAAAAACAAAGGUCAAUUAUAAUAUUGUGACUUGGCCAAACUUAGUGUAUUCUCAUGUUUUUAAUAUUUAACUUAAUUUACGACAUUAUCUUGAUCUUAUUUUAAUCAUCUUCAACUUUAGAUUCUGCCUGAGCAUGGACCCGAACCUGCGUCACAACGACACCAUCAUCAACCUGAUGGGGCUGGUGAUAUUGUUCCGCAACACGAAUGUUGUCAUGAACGAGGCCGAGAAACAGCUCACCAAAAAGUAUCACACCCUCUACAGUAAUCUCCUGAGACGGUAAGGGUCUGGGACUUUUGAUUAAUUGGUUCCCAGGUUUUGGAAUUAUCGUAUCAUAAUCCGGCACUUGAAUAAUCUAGGUUUGCAAAUUGGCUUUUGACUUAGCAUCUACUAGAGUAUCUUUAAGUAAACCACGAAAAGUUUUGCUUUGAUUUUGUUCAUGAGGAAGAACGUUGUUUAAACUUGGUUUAUUAUCUUGUUAAAUCUAAAAAAGAUGUUAAAACUUUUAUAUUUUGAAAUUCUGUUGUAAAAUUAUGAUGUUAUUUACAGGUAUGUCGAGUCGAUUCACGCCCACGAAUGUAUGCCCAUCAUAGAGUCGAUCCCCAAGACCUUGGACUGCCUCCGCGACAUCAGCAGUUCGGCCGAGACCUUGUUCGCUGGCAAAGUGAACCCGGACGAGAUUGAACAGCUCCCCACCGAAUUCUUCCGAACCGAGCCUCUGCCCAGCACCUCCCAACAACCGGCCGAGUCAAGCACAGCCUCCGCCGACGCCAAGCCCGCCGAGCCAGGGUCUUCGAUGGGACAGCCCGACGCUUAA